AUGCACGCCGACUUAAAACAAUAUUUAUUAACCAAAAAUGAUUUCACACAGUUGGCAGUGAUCGCUGCGGUGUUAAUUAUUAAGCGAAAUGGACCAAGUAAUAAUGAUAGAAAUCCUUAUGAUGAUAGAAAUGCGAAUGAUCAAAAAAUAGGAUCAAAAAGUUAUCAAUUUCAUUCAAAUAGUCAAACGACGGUUCCAAGAAAAGGAUAUUAUGAUAAUUACACUCCUGAAUAUUAUAAAAUUAGAUAUGAUGCAACUAUAUUCCCUUUAAAUGAUUUUGAAGGUGACAUUGAUCCUUCAAUUAUAGCAUCACCAAAUGAUAUUGAACUAUCCGCUGAAAUGCAAAAGGAAAGAAAAGAUUGGCUAAGUUUUUUAUCAUCAGUGCUAACUGGUGAAGUUAUAAUGUCAGAAAAACAAAGAAUUUCUACUUCUAAUAAUCGUCAAGCUGCAAAUUAUAAUUACCAAAUUUGGUUAGGAAUUCGAGCUGCCACUAAUGGCAGACAACUUUCAGAAGAAAAACAAGCCUUGGAUGAGAAAAAACAACAAGUUACUGCCACGCUUAAGGAGGUAAUUGAUUUUCAAGUUCAACCUGGCGAUGUUCCAGCUAUUGAACAAGUUGUAACAUUGCUUCAAAAAGUUGAUGAUUGUGAAGGUCUUUAUCCAACUAGGAAGGCAAUGAUGUCUGAAAAACCCUUAUAUAAAUCAGAGAAUUUUCAAUAUAGCAUAGAUGCAUUGAAUUCAUGGUUAACAAUAACUAGAAGCUUACAGACUCAAUUAAAAAUUCUGCAAAAUUGGACUAAUAGUGAAAAUUUAGAGAUCACAAAAUCAGCAGAUGCAGAAAAUCCUUCUUUCUUGGAACGAAUAUUGAAAGAAAAUAGCUUAAAACAAAUAUUUGAGAAAAAAACACUUUCUACAUUGAAUUCACUUUUAUCCAAAGCUAAGCUUAUAAUGAUUGAAAAUGCCAAUGCAUUUGCCAAAAUGAAACUGCCCUCAUAUAUCGAUGAGUUACAAAAGCUUUUGAACUUUCCUACAAAACUUAUGGAAGAAUGCAUGAGGCUAUUAAUUGAAAUCUCUAGCCGCCUAACAGAUCCAACAAUGCUCAUGAUUCAACAGAGAAUGGAUGAUUUUCGUAUUUCCCUUAUUUUGGCUUGUCAAAUUAAACAUCAAUAUUUGGAAUUGGUAAAACCUGCAACUGGUUGGGAAAUUCCGCCGUGCAUUAACGAAAAUUAUAAUCAUAUAUUGUUGGAAUCUUUGAAAUUUUAUUUAAGAUUACUACAAUGGAAAUUUAAAGGUGGUUGUAAAACUGUAUUUUUUAAAGAAGCUGAAAUAUUAGAAACUGAGUGGUCAUUUUUAAAUGGUAUUUGUCGUGAUAUUGCUGGUGGUGAUAUUGAAGCUGCAGAACAAUUUUGCAUUCUUGUCAAUAAAUUACAUCAAAACGUUAUAACUUAUUAUGAGACGAACCUUGAAUUGCCAAAAGAUAUUGACACAGCAAACAUCACUAAAUGGUAUAAUAAAAUUUUGGAUGGUGUUCGUUUAAGAUCUCGUAAAUUAUUUCGAUUCACAAAACUUUUAUUUGGAGAGCUUGAAAAUGCAACUGAAUAUUUUAUUGAUGAUGAUACUUUUCCAAAUUUUAUAAAAAAUUUAGAACAUACAAAUCAUGUUCUUGUUUAUCCAGAUACUUUCAAUGAAGAUAACGUGUGUUUUAUUGUUGAACAAUCUCUUAAGGACAGGCAAGAACAAAUUCAAAAAUUACUUAAAGCUAUACUCACACCAUAUGAUCAACUUAAUAGCGAUCAUGAAGAAGAGUUGAAUGGUACUGAAUAUAUACUCAUUUUGUCACCAAGAGUAUCUUUUGAAUGGAAUGGCCCAAUAAUGAUGGUUUCUUUGGGUCAAUUAAAUAUUGAACUUAAAAGUUAUCGUGUAAGACUUGUUGCUAAUGGUGGUAAUACUCGAUUGCAAGCAUGUAAACAAAGGUUUCGUAAUGUAGUUGAACACUGUGGUAUCAAAGCAAUAGUGGAGACACGUGCUAAUGUUUCAAGUGUUAAUCGCGAGAUUGCAAAACUCAAAAAAAUCAUAAUAAAACUAAUUAAUAUGAUUAUUGACAGUGUUAGGAAAAUUCGUGAAAUGACAAAGAACCUUCAACCUCAAGAUCUAAUUGAAAAUUGUUUCAGUUUUGCAACUGAAAUAGGUCAUCGAUGUAUGAAAUUUAUGCAUAGGGACGUUGCACGAAAUCAACUAAAUAUAAAGCUAACACAUAUGGCUAUCGAUUGGGUUAGCUUCAUAUGUGAUGACUGCAUUCCAAAUGAUCGUAAAACUUUUCGAUGGGCUGUCAUAGCUCUAGAAUUUGCUAUGGCAACAAAUCGUGGAAGCAACAUUUAUGGUUUAAGUGAGGAAGCAUUUUCUUUACUUCAUAACAAAGUAGCUAGAUGUAUGACUUUAUUAAUUUCACACGUGGACAUUUUGGGAGCAAGAUCAUCUCAUGAAGCAAUAGAACAACAAGAAAAAUAUGAGGAAUCUUCAAAACCAUCCAGUUCAAUAAAAAAUAAAACAUUCAAUAGUAUUCUUUCAAGUAGCGCUAAAGAUUCAUUGAUCGUUCGAGAAGAAUGGAUUGCCUCUUUGAAUGAAUUGGAAUCAAGAAGAUCACAAAGGUUACAAGAUCAAAGACUAGUUGGAAAAGUUCUCGAAGAUCAACUUGAAAAUCGAUCACUUGUAUUUUUAGCAUCCUCAAGUUCCAACAUUUCACUCCGUUGGCAGCAAGGCAAAUUCAUAGGUGGUGGCACUUUUGGUUCAGUUUAUUUGGCUGUUAAUUUGGAUACUAGUGACCUAAUGGCAGUCAAAGAAAUACGUUUUCAAGAUCCUUCAUCUUUAUCAUCUUUAUAUAAGUCAGUUAAAGAGGAAAUGUCUGUUAUGGAAAUGCUUGAUCAUCCAAAUAUUGUUUCAUAUUAUGGUAUUGAAGUGCACCGAGAUAAAGUAUAUAUAUUUAUGGAGUAUUGUCAAGGGGGAUCGCUGGCAUCUCAAUUAGAACAUGGUCGUAUUGAAGAUGAAAAUGUAAUUAAAUUUUAUGUAGCACAAAUGUUGCAAGGUUUAAUAUAUCUACAUGAAAAUGAUAUUGUACACAGAGAUAUUAAACCCGAUAAUAUAUUGCUAGAUCAUAUGGGAUAUAUAAAAUUUGUGGAUUUUGGAGCAGCCAAAAUUCUAGCAAAAAAUCAAAAGACAAUGUGUCGAACAACUAAGACUCAAAAAACAAAUGUUAACAGUUUAACUGGUACACCAAUGUAUAUGGCACCAGAAAUUAUAGCAGGCGGUGAAAAAGGACGGAAAGGUUCUAUGGAUAUAUGGGCUUUAGGUUGUUGUAUAUUAGAGAUGGCUACUGGUAAACGCCCAUGGUCUAAUUUAGAUAAUGAAUGGGCUAUUAUGUACCAUGUCGUGACUGGACAUCCACCAUUGCCAGAUCCUUCACAAAUAUCAGAGUUAGGAAUGGACUUUCUGACACAAUGUUUUGUGAGAUCAGCACAACAGCGCCCUACAGCUAAAGAAUUAAUUGAAAAUCCUUGGAUAGCCGAUGUAUUUGAAGCUAGUGAUGUAAAUAAUCACUAUCAUCGUCACACCUAUAGUGCCGGUUCCACCACAUCCAAACAUCUUCAAUCUUUGUAG